AUGUCAGAAGGAGAUGUAUCAGCUAUAGUUUACAUAGAUGAGGACUCGACAAAACUUACAUUAUCGAGCUAUAAGAUAACAUUUGUAAAAAUUUUUAACCAGGCUUGCCAAGCAUUGAAUUUGCAAUCAGACGAUGUGAAUGCCAAUAUUACAAAUUAUAAAAUAGAAAUCUACCAAAACGAGGAUGAAUUCCAAGAAGAUCAUAGUUUGAAUAAUAAUUGCGAUUAUAAUCAAGAAAUCAAUACAAUCUUCCAGUCUAAUGAUACCUUUAAAUCCCCAGUUAUCAAAUUUACAAGUUCCAAUGCAGCUGCUUAA